AUGUGGUAUAUGCGCAUGCAGAUUGGCCGUUGGCCGAUGCGUGGCCCUUCAGUUUCCACAUGUUUGCGCUGUUCUAUCCUUUCAACAAGCCAGUCGGCUGGAAGACAAGUUAUAAAACCUCGCCACCUCCGGAGAAACUUAUGUUGAAUAUUUAUACUAUACGCACCUUCUCUGUCUAUUCUACAAGAUCUGGGGUUUUUAGAUGUGGAUUUGAAGCUCUUUUUACAUUCAGAUUGAUCUCGACUCAAGUAGAAUGAAGGUCAAUAUGGAAUUUGGGUACAAAGCAUGUACCUGAAAAAGCUCAUUUUAUAUUAGAGGCUCUUUUGAAUUAGAAGGCGAAUCACCUCCAGCAGGCUACAUGCAUUUUCCAGGGGCUGCGGAUGGUCCUUGCAGCAGUGGCAAGUGACGACAUACAUUCUACUUGAUUCAAUUUUCCAUAUUUUUUUUUUGGAUAGCACAUAGAUGGCUACCACUUUCAUUAUAGAACAGGCAGUGCAGGACAAAGGAAGAAGUGACGAGUUCCGAGCCCUGUUUUCCAAUAAAGCAGUCGAGACUUCGGGGAAUGUAAGGCGAAAUGCUCUAACGCUCUAAUUCACCUUGUUGUAGUUCUAAUACGAAAUGCUCUAUAAUGCUAAAAAUUCACCUUGUAAGGACUUGUGUGAAGAGAUUUAGGGUUCGACUGGAAUCCUCUACACAGGACCAGGAGAAGCAAACGCUGCGAACAAGAUGAGCUUCUCUUCUAGAUGUGAUUUUUGGGCAAGAGCUACCUCUUCCAUGGUCAUCUUCAACCUCUAAGUCCUCGCGCAUCUCUCCGUAAACUCACGACUGGACCGGAAGUGGUAGAAGAGCAGCUAGUACCAGGAGUCGAACCCUAGGUAGGUUGCUUGAUAAGUGUACAGGUCAACUCCGAGGAAGCACUUGAGCGUGCCUGUUCAGUGGUGGAGCUGCAGAGAGUGGUGGAGCUGUCGGCUCCAGCAGUCAACGAAGGACUGCCGCGCUGCAGCUGACCUACGCAGAAGUCGAGGUGUGAAGACGUGUAGUAAAGAUAAAAUUACUUUGUUAGACCUUCGGAGUAGUAGUUACUUGCAGUUUGAACUUGAAGUGGAUAUGGCACGCAUGUGGGAUGGACGAGGCGCAUGAGGUCCUCUAGCAAAGAAGCACAACAAAAACUACAAGAUCAAAUUGGUUGCUAUUGCUAACGAACAAAUGAAAAUGUAAAAACAAGAAUUAUCGAUGUUGAUAUUUUUAAAUGUAGUGGCUUGCAACUCUGAUGGACUUGAGAAACUCCAAGAUUUCAACAUGAUCAGACAGCGCAUGAAUUGACGAAAACAACAUCUAUUUACUUACUCUUUCUUACAAGUCGCCGGCCCUGUCGCUAGGCCUUUGCAACAAGGCGCGAAAAAAAUAAAAAAUUGAAAUCAAUCCUCGACGGAGUGGAAAAAAUGAAAAAUAAAAACAGAAGAAUAAGAGAUCCCCCCAAAAAGAAAAUUGUUUUGAUGAAUAAAAUUAAAGCACACAGAUGCGCAGGCCAUGGCAGGCCGCAACGCAAAGAAAACCGAAAAGAACGAUCAAAG